AUGUCUGAACAGUCAGAAGUCGAGAAAGUCUCCGAACAAAACAAACAAAUUAUAGGAAAGGAUGGAAAACCAGUUAAAUACCUUCGUGGAAAAAAGGAAAAAAAGCAAAAAAUACAAACUGAAAAGCCACCUUCACCUGAUCCAGCAAUAUAUAUUGAUGCUCGUGUUGGAAAAAUCAUUCAUGUUGAGCCAGUCGAAAAUUCCGAGUUUCUUUAUACAGAAGAUGUCGACGUUGGAAAUGGAAUUACCAAACAUAUUGUUACAAGUGUCAGAAAUUAUUACACACUUGAGCAAUUACAAGACAGAAGGGUUUGCGUCUUCGUAAACAUGCAUCCAGCUAAAAUGUGUGGUGAAACAUCAGAAGCAAUGCUAUUUGGUGCAACUACAAAAGAUCCUGACAGAUGUGAGCUUUUGGAUCCUCCAUCUAACUCCCCAGUUGGAGCCCGAAUCUUCUUUGGACAUUUCACUGAAGGUGAAGUAACCGGACAAGACCGCCGCAAUUCUCAUUGGAAGAAAAUGCUUGAGCACUUGAGCAUCAAUGAUCAAGGAAUUGCAUGCUACAAAGAUGAGCCACUUCAUACUGCUGAAGGAAAUAUUACUGUUCCAAGUCUAAGAAAUUGUGGUUUUCAUUAA